AUGCGCUGCCGCCGGUGGAGACUAUGCUUGCUAAUUCUCCCGGCGCUUUGGAUUAAGGUGUGUCGGCACAGGGCGUUUGCCCUGACUCCGCACAAAGCAGCCGCGCCAGGAAGCGGCACAUAUGCUGGCCAAAGUCUUAAAGCCGGCGAUGCUGCCUGGGAGGGCUUGCAGCUCAACCUCACCACUGACCGGGUCUUCUCGCAGCGCGACUUGCAGAGGGAAGUUGAAGACUCGAUGGCCUCAAGGCUUCUCGCAAGGGACGCCUUUGACCGCGUGAUGGUGACCGUGCACGGACGGUCCACCUACCAGAGCAUCCUGGACGGCGUUGAUCCUCCGCGGUUGAUGGCGGCUCGCCGCGAGAUGCUGUCCUUCCUACCUUCCGGGCCUCUCCGUGUGCUGGAGGUUGGUGUUGGUGUGGAAACCUGGGCCUCCAAUCUGCCGCUUUAUCCUCCCGGAGUUUCACUCGUCGGUCUGGAUCCGGAGGUGUCCGCAGACGCUACGUGGCCAAAGAAGCCUCGAGGCCUGGACUUUCAAGCAGUCCGCGGUUGGGCGGAGGCCUUGCCCUUCGCCGACAACAGUUUUGAUGCUGUGGUCGCCUCACUUGUGCUUUGCAGCGUCAGGGAGCCAGACACGGCACUUAGAGAAAUCGCGCGAGUAUUGAAGCCAGGAGGUCGCUACCUCUUUCUGGAGCACAUCCGUGCACCGACCGGCUCGGCACUUCGAUGGCAACAGGAGGUGCUACAUCCUUUGCAUGCUUUUUGCUGUAACGGCUGCCGCCUGACCAGGCAGCAGGAUCGUUCAAUCCUUCGUGCCCACUCCGAGCAGCUCUUUACGGCUGUUCCUGUACUGAAGCAUUACCUGUGCCAUGGCGAUUGGCCAUGCACCACUCAGAUCGUUGGUUAUGCGGUCGCGUGA